GCGCGGCUCCGCCCCCGAACGCGGAAGCGAGGCGCUUCGAAGCGCUGACAGGCCGGGGCGUGCUUUCGGGCGCCAUGGCGGCGCCUGGCGCCUACCGCUGCAUCGAGUGCAACAGGGAGGCGGCGGAGCUCUACAGGGACUAUCAGCGCGGCGUGCUCCGUAUCUCCAUCUGCAAAUCCUGCCAGAAACCUGUAGACAAAUACAUCGAGUAUGAUCCUGUUAUCAUCUUGAUUAAUGCUAUUUUAUGUAAAGCACAAGCCUACAGGCACAUCCUUUUCAAUACAAAGAUAAAUAUCCAUGGCAAGCUCUGCAUAUUUUGUUUGCUCUGUGAAGCUUAUCUCAGGUGGUUGCAACUACAAGAUUCAAACCAAAACAUAGAUCCUGAUGACUUAAUCAGAUAUGCCAAGGAAUGGGAUUUUUAUAGAAUGUUUGGCAUAGCUUUUUUAGAGCAAACUUCAUUUUUGGUUGGCAUUUUUCUUACCUUAUGGUGGAUGAGACCUGAGAUGAUGAAAACAAAGUCUGACUUCAUUUUACUUUUCAAAGCACUGCUGUUAUCCAGCUAUGGAAAGCUUUUGCUAAUUCCAGCUGUUAUUUGGGAACAUGACUACACGCCUUUAUGCCUUGCAUUUAUAAAAGUAUUUGUCUUGAUAUCAAACUCUCAGGCAAUUCGAGUUACAUUGAACUUGAACCGAAUGCUGCCUUGGUUAGCGAUAUUAUUCGGAUUAGUUUUGGAAAAUGGUGUGGUCAGCUUGUUCCAGAAAAUGGGAUGGGAUGUUUGAAAUGUCAGCCCAGGUCUGAAGAAAUACUGACAACAUGAUGAUCGUUUCUUAAGAAUGAUCUCUGCCAGGAGCCUCCAAAACCACCGUUUUCAUAGUGAUAAAGAAGGUAAUAGACAAUGAAAAACUUUCAUUAGUGGUGAGCUAAUGAGUGUUGACUGUUUCAGGAUGAGUUAAAAUGAGAAACUUCAGAAGUUUGUCUGUUUAAUGUGGUAAGCAAUGAAACUUCAGCCUUAGUUUAUUUAUUAAUUUUCCCAUUAAAAAUAUGAAUGUGUCACUGUCUUGCUAGUGUUAUGAAUCUGGCUGCAUAGCUAUGACUGUAAGAAAAAAGGUACACUAAAAAAAUUCAGCACUUCUACCAGUCACUGCAUUUUGGCAGAAAGAGAAGGAUUAAUUGUUCUCUUAAGAGGAAGGGAGUCAGUGGAAAAAUGUAAAAGCAUCACUUUUCAAAGAGCGAAGUGAACAUAUGCAAACAGUUUAUUAGAGAAAAGGCAAGUUUUAUAGGGUAAAACUACAGUGAGAAAACUAGGUUGCUUUCUCUGGAAUGUUUAUGUAACAAUCCAAAAUAAUAAAAUAUCUAGUUUUAGAGUAAUCUCUAGGAACUACAGUUUUAACUGGCUUGAAAUUUUCUGUUCUCAUAAACACUGCUACUUUGUUCUGAAAGCUGACAAGAGAGUGAAAGGAGUCUGAUCCCCAGUAUACAAAGUUGUUUGAGAUACUGCUUCUUCUGCAUUUAAUAUUAAGCCACAUCCCCCACACCCAGCCCUCAAAUGGCAGCAAGUUUAGUGGAAGCAAUAAGUGCUGUUCAGCAGUAGCGUACUUACAAAAAUAAAACAAAACAACAACAACAAAAAACCCUAAAACACAUUUAGGUCUAAAUUAGUGAAGAAACAUUUUGAGAAGUUCUGCACUUUUUCCCCAGAAAGCAAAGAGAGGGCCUGAUGGCCCACAAAGGAACUGGUAGAUUUUGUUUCCACAAGACAAUAAUUAGGACACAAACUUACUUCUUUUCUGCAGAGCAGUUUCCAUUAUGUUCCAUCCAAAGUCUCAAUUCUCCUGGUUCAGUUCUAGAAGACUGUAUUAUCUACAGGUACAACUUCCAGUCUUCAUUUUCCUCAGAUGCAGUCUCUUGUGUGUAUUUAGCAAAAUGCAUCAAAUAAUAUUUUGCAACAUCUUCAAGUUGAUUGUAAACAGGUUUAGAGUAAUCAUAGAUUAUGACCACAGAAGACAUCAGACUUGUUUGUCUGUUACUGCUUGCCUAUGCCACAGCAAAUUAUUCAGUCAGAAAAGCAACUGGUUGGUGAUCCUGUUUUAAUAAGGCAGAGGCUAACACCACUGAUCAGCCAUCCAUGUUAUACUUUAUAUCUUUCUGAGCAUGUAGGAAAGGCAAAAAAAAUGCAAUCUGCAACCCCUUUAAGUACAUGAAGCAGUUUAACUCUGCAGCUGUCCCAGCAAGCACAUAGUUGUCAAGGUAUAGGAGGGAUCCACCUUGUUACUGGUGUGAGUCGGUGACCAGACAGUUGAGUGUACGUGUGUGGUUGUUCACUGUCUUAGCAGAAGCUUUGGCAGCACAGUACCUAGAACAUGCUUUGUUUCACUGCAGUGGCUUUGCCUGGGCCAGGUUAUUUGGUUCAUUAACAAAUUAAACUCUUUUCUCCCCAGGUUGAGUCUGUUUUGCCUGUGAUGCUAAUUGCUGAGCAAUCUCCCUGUCCUUACAUCAACUCACAAACCUCUCAUAUUUGUCUCUGUCCUGUCCAGUUUAGGAGAGGUAGUGAUAUUAUGACUUUGUAGGCACCUGGAACCCAGCCAGGGCUAAACCACCACAUUCACAUAAUUAGAUUUGGGUAGAUAGUGUUUUUAAAAAGUUUUUAAGGGCAGAGGAUGUUGCUAAAGGUGCUUUGAGUGGUGCUCAUCUUCCUCCCACAACACCAGCACACGGUGUUGCAACACAGGCUUCACAGUGAGGUUGUGCAAGGGAAAAGAGCAGUAGAUCUUUUAGAAAAGCGCCAAGGAUGCUGAUCUUGCCCAUUUUUAUUUGCCUCCUCUCCUUGAAUUUAAGAGGGAAUGAAGUUGUGCUCCAGCAGAGAGGAUGACAGAAGAAUAUGAACUAGGAAAAUGCUGGUGCUUGCUGAACCAAACCCUCCUUUAUUGUUGUAGCUGUCAUUGAGCUUUUACUCAGCUUUCAGUUCAUCAUAGCACAACCAAUCAUCAUUGCAGCUGAUAAAGUUUCUCACCACUCUGUUAUGUCCUUCCACUGGAAAUGUACAUUCCUUGUACCACCAGUUUUGUUUUUCUAAUGAUGUAACAUGGUGCUUUGGUUUGUUCCUCUUAGAUUAGAUUUUUUUUCAUGAUUAUACAAAGAAGAUGGUUUUUUUUCUCAUAAAUUUCUCUCUUGUCUGUUCUGUUCGCUGAUUUGAGUCAAAAGGCUAAGUGGAGCACAUUUAAGUGUGACUAAUGCAAGGGGAAGAUUUUGCAUUACAUGUGAUGUAAAUAUUACCUAGUGAGCAGCAAAAUUGUAAAUACAGUGUGUAUACAUUUUAUUUGGGGACAGUUUUCUCAAAGUUUAUUUUGCAUUUUGAAAAAUUUUUUCAGGAUGUUUUCUGAGUUUUAUUCAGAAGACCUAGAGUAGACAUGGACACAUCCUGAAAGAAGAAAUGAUUUUCUAUUUUGUCACAUUUGGUAGUAACAUAUCACUUUGUAAUGCUCUCAGGAGACACCACUGUACUUAAGUGUCUUUGAGGAUGGAAAAGAAAAUUAUGAACUAAAGAGCAGUGGAACAAAAGCAGGUCUUGUACAUGUUCUCAGUCUUUAGAGCCAUCAUUAUUGCCCAGUAAUGUAGGGCAUUGGCUUGUGUGUUUUUAUGGCUACUCAUUUACCAGAACUAACAUGACAAAUACAGUAGUAUUUCAUAAAUCCAGGAGGAACUUAAGGAUGUCCUUCGUGUGGGGAGGCAGGUGUGUUGUGCAUUUUUUAUACCUUUGGAAAAGGGUUCCAUAUGGUGCUUCAGAGAGCAGCAAGACUAUUUUAAGGUCCUGCCUGUUUAAAACAAUCAUCUCUCACUUUUAUUCCUUUUUGUCUUUUGAGCUCCUCUUCUUUCCUAAACUCUUUGUAAUGAAGUAGUCAUCUGUGCUGGAAGAUGUAUGACAAAUAGCCUGCUUUUUAUAUAUUGUUGCAUUAACUUUAUGGGAAAGGAUUUACUUGGAUUAAAAAACUAUAACAGCCUGCAAAUGAACCCAAGUAAACUCUUUGGCUUUUGCUUGGAAACAAAAAGGAUGUCAUGGCCCUUAGGAAAUCAUAGGCCUAUGGAGCAAACUCCAGAAUUCUGUCAGAUGAAAUGCACGAAGAACCAGUGAUGUUAUUCAGACUUGGGUUGAGCAAUGGUUUAGUGAUCCUGCAGUGAGAGCUGGGAACUUUAGGUCCAUAGGUCAGGUAACAAGUAUUUAUAAAUUACUGGAUACAAAGUUGGAGAAUGACAGUGUAAGCUGGGAAGGGUUAAAAGAGAAUGUAGGUGCCAGGCAGACUUCUUCAAAAUUGGCCACCAGGGCACAUUGCUGGCUCAUGUUUAGUUUUUUAUCAAUCAGUACUCCCAGAUCUCUCCAGCAGUUCGACCCCCAGCCUGUACUGGUACAUGGGGUUGUUCUUCCUGAGGUACAGGACUCAGCACUUUUCCUUGUUGAAACUCAUGAGAUUCCUUCUCACCCAACUCUCAAGCUGGUUGACAUGUCACUGAGUGGCAGCACAGACUGUGAGUGGACAGUGAGGUGGAUCAAGAACUGGCUGAGUGACAGAACACAGAGGGUGGUGAUCAGUGGCACAGAAUCAAGUUGGAGCCCUGUGGCUGGUGUAGUUCCACAGGGAUUGAUUCUGGGGCCAGUCUUGUUCAACACCUUCAAAACAACCUGGAUGAGGGGACAGAGUGUACCCUCAGCAAGUUUGCUGAUGACACCAAACUGGGAUGACUGUCUGAUUCCCCAGAAGGCUGGAAUGUGAGUAUAUGAUUAAGCAAACAUAUGUAUGUCCUCCUAAGUUUUCAAGGGGUGAACAUGAAGGAAAAAUAACAUUUAUUGUGGACAUUUUUGUAAUAGUCUAAGUGAUACCAUGAAAUGGCAAAGGAUGUCUUCCAACAGGGAAGUUGCUGGGUCUCAUAGACAUGUUACCGAUAACCUCGUUACUUCAAUGGUUUGUCCUCCAUCCUUGAAAAUACCAUUUUAUGAGCAGAAUUACCAAUUGUAGAGAUACAGAAUUAGUCACUCUGCUUGUUGCACAGCUUCUCCCUUCAUUCUGCAUUGCUGUGUAUUGCGUUACAUUAUGCUGGUGGAGGCAAGGGCUACUACUCUUGUGACCUCGUGCGAGCACAGACAAGCAAGUCCUUUCUUCCAUGACACAUCGUAUCUCAGGCAUAUAAACUGCCGUUUGUUAGACCAGUCUUCACCGAAAUGAAAGUAAAAUAGGACAUCUGCACUGAAAA